GAGGAGGAGGAGGAGGAGGGCGGCGGCGGCGGCGGCGCCAUGAACGGCUCGGUGGUGAAGCGGACCCAGGAGGCGCUGGGGAGGGUGAUCAAGAAGCCGCCGCUCACCGACAAGCUGCUCAGCAAGCCGCCGUUCCGGUACCUGCACGACAUCGUCACCGAGGUAAUAAGAAUGACCGGUUUUAUGAAGGGGCUCUACACAGAUUCUGAGAUGAAGUCUGAUAACGUUAAGGACAAAGACACAAAAAUCAGCUUCCUCCAGAAGGCCAUAGAUGUUGUCGUAAUGGUUACGGGAGAGCCGCUGUCUGUGAAGCCUGCACGGAUCAUAGCAGGGCAUGAGCCCGAAAGAACUAAUGAGCUGCUCCAAGCAAUUGCAAAAUGCUGCCUCAGUAAGUUAUCAAGUGAUGAUGCUGUGAAAAGGGUCCUGGCUGGGGAGAAAGCAGAUAUGAAAGGAAAACCACCAAAUACCUCUAAGUCCCAGGAUAAAGAAAACAGGGAGUCCAAGGAAGAAGAACUGAAAAGCUCUAAGGAUAAAGAGGCUAGAAGGAAUUCUGAAAUUAAAGAUAGAAGCACAAGCAGAGACAGAAAGCCCAGGCAAGAAUCGAAAGAAGAAGAAAGCAAACCAAGAGAAAAAGAAAGAGAAAAAUCUAAGGAUAAUGUGCGGGAGAGACAUAAAGAUCAUGAAUGGGAGAAGCUUAAAGAAGGGGAAAAAGACAGAAACAAAAACAGAAUAUCUAAGCAAGAAAAAGAGACAGAAAAAAGCAAAGAUAAAGAGAGAGGAAAGAAAGAGGAUAAAGAGCGAGAAAAAGAUUCAGAACAUGAUAAGGAGAAGGAAAAAAAGAGCAGUGGAGGGAGAGAAAGGGACAGACAGAGAGAAAAGGACAAAGACAAAGGAAAAGAAAGGGAAAAAGACAAACGAAAAGAACGGUUAAGAGAUGGGGAGCGUUCGAAGGAGAAGGAAAGGAACAAAGAGCAAGAUAAAGCCGAAAAGAAGUCCACAGGCUCUGAGGAGACCCCCUCUACAAAAGUCUCAGCGGGACCUGUCAAAGAAGCUAAGCCUUAUCCCGAUAAAGAGGCUGAAAAUUCUACAAAAACAGCUAGAUCAGUGGUCACCAAAGUUUCAAGGCGGCGAUCCAAAACUUUAGGAGAAGGUACACUAUUACCGCACAAUAAAUCACCCCCCGCAGUUAGAAGAAAAGACUCUAGAAACAAUGCAACUAGCAUUUCCCCUGAAAAAAAGCCUAGUGCUUCUUCCCAUGGCAAAGGUAUUAAGGAAGGGGCAGAGAAACAGCUAGAUACAGUAAUGUCUGUGCUUCAGAAGGAGCCAGGUCAGGAAGCUACAUCACAAGAGAUAGGAAGAAAGGAAGCUAAUAAUGAUGCAACUAAAGUUUCAGGUGAAACCUUAGCUAAUGUAUUGCAUGAGCGUACUGAGCUAGAACUGGCAGCAAAAGUGAAAGGUGACUCCAUUAGUGAUGGAGAGGGAGAUGUGGGAACUGUUGUCCAGGAAAACCCUUCGGCGACAGAGAACAGUGAAAUACCAAUUGAACUUCCAGCCAACUCUCCCGAAAGAAGGAUCCCUCGUCCUGGAAGUGCCAGACCAGCUCCUCCCCGAAUCAAACGACAAGAAAGUGCAGAAUUGUUAGUUCCUGAGAGAUCAGGCAGUGGCAAAAUCGUCUCAAACUUAAUCACAGACAGACAGACUUCUGAGGAUGACGAGGAUUGUCAGUUUGUCGUGGAAGCGGCACCUCAAAUUCCUGAAAUGCCAGAAAUGGAAAUGCCACCUGAAGUGGAAUUAGAAGGAGAUGAGAAGCAUGGUGGUCUUGUAAAAAAGAUUUUAGAGACCAAGAAAGAUUACGAGAAACAGCAGCAGUCACCAAAAUCCACAGACAAGGAAAAGCCACUUGUGUCAGAAGCGGCCAAACGGAAAGAGAAGGACAUAGUUUCCAAAGAGAUUGAGAAGCUCCGGACGUCCAUUCAGACCUUAUGCCGGAGUGCCCUCCCUCUAGGAAAGAUCAUGGACUACAUCCAGGAGGAUGUGGACGCCAUGCAGAAUGAACUUCAGUUGUGGCAUUGUGAGAACAAGCAGCAUGCAGAAGCUCUAAAAAAGGAACAAAGCAUCACAGAUAGUGCUGUGGAGCCUUUAAAAGCAGAACUGGUUGAAUUGGAACAGCUGAUUAAAGACCAACAAGACAAGAUUUGUGCUGUAAAGGCUAGCAUUCUGAAAAAUGAAGAGAAGAUCCAGAAAAUGGUUUAUAGUAUCAGUUUAAGUUCAAGGAGGUGAAGACUAGACGAUUCAAGACUGAGAAUGACUCAAUUUCUACAAACCAAAUGAUAAAGGGAUGAAAAUGUAUAAAGAUAUGACACUAUUUAGAAAAGAGGUCCUUCAGAGUUCCUAUUUGGCAGAGAAAAUCAGCAAUUCAUUUUACACAUCAAUGCUUCAAUAAGAGUGCACGUUGCCAUUUUACACUGUUUUUGAAAUGUAUGUAUGUUAUUGCUAUCUUUUCAGUGGUGUGAUUAUUUGCUUAUAACAAAAAACUCUUCAGAAAGGCUUAUUAGAGCAUCCUUGAAAGUUUACCUUUUCCUUUGUUUCUUUUUUUCUUUCAUAUUGAUUCACUUUGCAUUUCAGAAAAGUGAAAGUAUUUGUUGCCACAAAAUAACCAAUUUGAGGGAACUCUUUCCAUUAUUCCAGGCUGGAAAUACUCUUCAUUCGAGGUUGGAAAUAAUCUCCAUAAUUUGCAAAUCCUGUAAGUGAGAGUUUUUUUCUUUAGGUCUGGUUAGGAAACUUUCAUUUCAAGGGUAUGAAUCACUUAUUUCCACCAAAAUAUGGAAUCUCAAAUGUAAUCCAACCGUCUUUACCAUCGUUUGCUGACUCUCCAGUCUAAAUUAAUUUGACCUCCUAAGUACUUGCCAGUUUUUAGGUGAACUAGCCAUUUCUAAUGCUUUUAAUUGCCAAAGAUCUUCCAUUGUAUAUUCUAAUUGGACCUUAUCCACAAAUUCACAGAUCCCAAAACAUAUCACACUAUGCCACGUUCAGACACGAUGUUUUUAACUGCUGUAGUCAAAGUGCAUUUUCUGAUUUUCUUUUAACCUAGUUUGUUGUUAAGUAUUACCGCUUAGGUUUUUGUUUUUUUAAAUGGAAUUCUCCCUUGUAAGCUAGCAAAUGUCAUUGUUCUCCUUUGAAAAAGUGCCCGUUUUCUCAGGACAUUAAUGUUGCUUUUUGUACCCAUAGUUGUUGAUUAAACAUCAAAAUAGGACUUUGUGAAAAGUUCUAUUGGUCUCACUAAUGUUUUGAAUAUUAGUAUGUUUUCCCUUUUUGGAAACAUUUUGUAAGAGCCAAAAUUUUCUAAACUAGUUCAUAAUCUUUUUUUCACAUAACUAUGAUAUUACAGGUAUUCAGUGUAGAUUCAAACUAAGCUCUGAUAAAGGAUUUUCCAUCUGGUGAUAUCUUUACUGGCUUUAAAUGUUGCAUUUUCCUAAUUCAGAUUGCUGAAAUUAUCUUCUGAGCCAAAAUAAACCAUUUUUUAGGAUUAUCGCAAAGUUACCUGAAAGUUUCUAAUGGGAAAAAAAUGAAACAUUUGGAGAAAGUGGUGAUGCUUGCUGAAAAAGCUUGAGGAAGUCUAUGUGAAUUUGAGCUAUGACCUAUUUUACUUGUAUUGCAAAAUUGGUUUUGGGCUAGAAGAUAGGUGAUUUUCUCUGUGUACCGUAGGCAGUUCAACUUGUGUGUCAAUGACAUUGAGUGACUUUGUUCUAUAUUGAUAUCCUGAAACAGCAGCAGCAUAAACUGACAUACCUUUCUAUCCAGUGUAUAUAUAUUUUAUGAAUAUAUACAUGUGACUAGGACCUCUUGUUUGGAAAGCAUAAGUAAAUGUACUGUAUGGGAGUAAAAAAUGUGUACAGAGAAGACUAUAAAAUUGUACAUUAAAUCACCUAUUUUUUCUAUCAGGUGUAUGAGUUGUACAGUUCACACUGGAAAAAAAUAUUAUUUCUAGUUAUUUUAAUUGCCUGUUCGAAAAUCCCUUAUUGUCAUUUUGUGAAGCGUUCAGGGACAUUUUAAAAUUUUUAUAAUGAUAGGUGCACCCAUCCUUUGUGUUAGAUGAGAUUUUAUAUUAUUGGCAAGCUCUUAGCAGAAAUCUAAAAGUCAUUAAUGGUGUUCUUGAGGAUCGUUUCUUUUGUCUUUUCACAAAUUGAUAAAAUCUGUAUCUACAUCUUGUUUAUAUUUUUUAUAAUUAUAAUGAUUUCCACAUUGCCUCUGGUUUAUUUAUAAUUCAGGUGAUUUCACAAAUCUCACUUCAGCGGUUUAGGUUUAGAAGGAAUUUAACAUAAAUUUUGCAUUCCAAAGGGGGAUUUUGGAGCCAUUCAGUAACAUUGCCUAGAAUCCAGAUUCAUUUUCCUGGAACCUGGGACUUAAGGAACGAUACAGACACCUGCAAUAGAAAUGAUUUUAAGGCCAAAACAGAUCACUCUUUAGACUAUGUGGAUUUUGUGAAAAAUAGAUGAGGUGCAGGUAGAUAUCUCUGUAAUAUUUUGAAAAAGGCUCUUGGAUAGCCCCCAGAUUAGCUUUCUCAAUAAACUGUCCCAUGGUUA